GCAACGUGGAAUGUGGAGGUCAUCGGUCGCUCACAUGGCAGGACCACUUUUUGUGUAGAGUCAUCACAAAGCCAUCACCGUCCUGCGGGCCUCUUUAAUCGGCGAUCCGGAUCGUUCCGCGCCCCAUGGUGUUGCUGCUGGUGACGACAACAGUGUAGAUCAUUUACGAUUAACGAUCGUGAUCGAUUUCGGUCGCGUAGCUUCGACUCCGUAACUUUAACAAUCGAGAGGCGGUUGUGUUUGUCUCGUGAGGUGCCGCGUUACCGUGUUGUGCGCCAGCCAUGAGACGUUUGAGAGCCUGCUUGGCAUUGCUGCUUGCAUUUUGCAACCAGCCUUCGACCGCUGCUAGAUCAAACACCACCCAUCACAGGAAUACCAUGUCAGCGUACUCGCUGACGGUGAAGCUGCGCGAGUCACCGCUGUGGCCAAAGCCGCACUUCCUACGCCAUCGGACGUCGGCGGAGCACACACGCUGGGGUCGACCGAUCCCUGGUCUGGCCGCCAGGAGCCGGUGCUGCGGCCGCACUAACCCCGUGCCGACCACGCGGGUGGCCGGCGGCGCCCCGGCGGGCCGCCACCAGUUCCCGUGGCUGGCGGCGCUCGUCGAGCCCGGCCACCACCGGCCAUUCUGCGGCGGCUCACUCAUCAACGACCGCUACGUGCUGACGGCGGCGCACUGCCUGCUCCGCCGGCGGCCGCGCAACCUCCAGGUCGUCCUCGGCAAGCACGAGCUGCGCCGCGACUCGGGCGCCGACGUGCGUCUGAACGCGUCCGCGGUGCGCCGGCACCCGCUGUUCGGGCCGCUCUUCCUCGGCUUCGACGUGGGCCUGGUGCGCCUGGAGACACCGCUCAGCCUGCCGACGCCAGACAACCGCAUCGCGCCCGUCUGUCUGCCCGAGCGGGGCCGCUACCGACGGGCCACAGUCACGGCCGCCGGCUGGGGCGCCCAGCGGGUGGGCGGUCCGCGCACUGACCGGCCGCACAGCGUCACCCUGCAGCAGGUGCCGGCGGCGCUCUGCCGCAUCCUCAACAGUCCGGUGCCCGUCACGGGCAGCACGGUGUGCGCGGCCGGCAGCGUGUGGUCCGGCGGCCGCGACACGUGCCACGGCGACUCGGGCGGCCCGCUGACGGUCAGUGUGGACGACGAGGGCCGCCAGGCGCUGCUCGGGGUCACCAGCUGGGGACUCGGUUGCGCCCGACCCCUUUCGGCCGGCGUGUACGCCAGGGUGACGGCCGCCCUCGACUGGAUCCUCGCCAACACACAGGACGCCAAGUACUGCUAGGGUUAGUAAAAUGUCUGUGAUACGCCAAAAUACAAGGCACGGUGGAGUGUUGCGUCUGAGGUGAACACACACUGAGCUGAUGUGAUAAUGAGUGAAUACUCAUAGGUAAUAACGGCAUCGAAUUUGCUACAAUAAUUUAAGGAAAUCGCUCCAUCACAAAUUACAUUAUCAUUUUUCCAAGAUCUGCACAGUACCUAACUUCAAAACGUACGAUUUAAUAUAAUCA